AUGCCCCAUGGGCAGCCGCCAAUACCCCCAUCGCGGAGACAGCAAGACUUCUACAACCCCGGCCCGCCCAACAUGCGCGCUCCGGCCUAUAUGGGCUAUCCUCCACACAUGAAUGGGCAUAUGCCUCCUGCGUAUUCGCCGCAACAGUUCCCUCCGUGGUAUCCUCCCUAUGGACAUAUGCAGCAGAUGCCACCUCGUCCUUAUCAACCUCCAUAUGGACCCAUGAUUGUGUCCUCAUACCCUCAGGCACAGCCGAUCAUGGCCCCCAGUCAUAUCCCACAUCACUCAUUGCCCAUGCAACCAAGGACAUCGACUCCCAUGCAGCCAACUAUGUCUCCAUCGAUUCCCCCACCGCCAUUACAACAUGAGAUGCACGACCCUCACGCCAUCCUUCCCAUCCAGCAGCCUCCUCAGCCUUAUCCGGUGGCGUCUCCUCCGCGAUGGGAACCUAAGCCAGUCAUGCCAGAGCCCGAGCCUGUCUUCACUGCACCAGUGCCCUGGCUCUCUAUGCCCGAGAUCACCUUUCCCGCCGGUCCACCCUUCAGACGCAGAAACAUUCGACCCAUCCCGGACCGAGUCCAGUUUCCUCCGAAAGACGGACGCUGGAUCAUUGGAGACCGGAAGGGUCAAUUUGUGAAACCCAAGUCUGGAAAUGCAAAUACAGCCGCUCCCAUCAUCUCAGAGCCUCAGACGCCAACUACUUCCAUCCCUCUCUCGGAUGGUCACUCCACGCAAGCCACCACACCCUCCCCCACCCCCACCCCCAAGUCUCAGACCCAGAAAAAGGACGCCAAGCCCGCCAUUCCUAUCGUCCCGGUUGUACCAGUAGCCUCACGCCGCGAACCCAAGGAUACCUCCAUUGCCGGCUCGGAGACUCCAAAGUCAACCACUGCCACUACAGUGUCAGAGAAUGGCUCAGCACCCGCUGCCGACGACGUUGCAAAGCCCACUUCACCUGUUCGCUCUGCGCCAAAGUCCUGGGCUGAUCUUGUUCGAUCGAAGAAUGCUGCCCGUGCCUCAGGCGCUCCUGCACCCUCAGAUUCAACCGCCCUGGCUUUGCAAAAGAGCGAGUCGCUCGCGGACGUUCUGAGCAGCUUGGGUGAGGAUGUCUCCCAAUAUAGCGAUAAGAUCGCCUUCCUCGAGCCCCGAGGAUUGAUAAACACGGGCAACAUGUGCUACAUGAACUCUAUCUUGCAAAUCCUGGUUUCAUGCGUUCCAUUCCAUCAGUUCCUGGAUCACGUUGGUCGUCGAGCCGCUCACAGCUUCCACAGCGACAUGCCUUUGAUCGACGCCAUGAUUAUGUUCAUGCGUGAGUUUAACGUCAUUGAUGCCGCCUCGGAGGAGGAACAGCUGAGACUCCGAUUGAAACCAAACGAGCUGGAGCAGUAUGGCGAAGCCUUUGUCCCCGAGUUCGUAUACGAGAUGAUCCGACAGUUGCCUCGUUUCCGCGACAUGCGUCGUGGCCACCAACAAGAUGCCCAGGAGUUCCUUGGUUUCCUUCUCGAGGAACUGCACGAGGAAUGCGACCGCGCUGCAAAGCACGUAUCCAAGCCUGAGGGUACUAACGGUGUCAAUGGACACGCCGCUACCAACGGAGCGUCCGGGGAUGGGGAAUGGAUGGAGGUUGGCCACAAGCAAAAGGCGGCGGUGACGCAGUCAUCCGGUGCCGUCGCUACCGAAUCUCCCAUCACCCGAAUCUUUGGAGGCAAGCUUCGAUCGGAGUUCAAGGUGCCAGGUAACAAGACCUCGGUCACCAUGGAACCUUAUCAGCCCCUGCAGCUCGAUAUUGGUGCACCUGAUGUCCACAACAUCGUUGACGCGCUCAAGGGACUGACCAAGCCUGAGAGUAUUCAAGGCGAUUUCAAUUCGUCCCGUGGUCCCAACGUGACAGCCACCAAGCAGAUCUUUAUUGAAACGCUUCCUCCCGUUCUGAUUCUACACCUCAAGCGCUUCCACUACGACAGCCUGACUGGUGCCACUCAGAAGAUUUGGAAGAAGGUUGGCUAUCCCCUCGACUUGGAGAUCCCACGUGAGGUUUUCCCGGCCCACCGGCGUAAUACUCUAACAGCUCAAGGUGGUCUUCCCAAGUACCGCCUUAUGGGUGUCAUCUACCACCACGGAAAGAAUGCCAGCGGCGGUCACUAUACUGUUGAUGUGCGACGCCAGGAUGGCCGCGAAUGGAUCCGCAUGGACGACACCGUCAUUCGUCGUGUUCGCAGUGAGGACGUUGCAGAGGCUGGUGGUGAGGAGGAUCCCAAGGUUCUUGCGGCUGCCCUUGAGCAGCACAGGCAGGACAAGAUUCCUCGCUCCAACAUUUUCGAGAACAUCGAUCAGGAGGACACCGAGUCGGCUGAUAGCGAGAAGGGCUGGAGUCAAGUUAGCGGCUCCGGUUCAUCUGGUCACUCGAGCAAGAAAUCCAUUGCCGGUGUCGCUGCCUCCUCCGGACCCUCGUCUGGUGUGCGCACUCCGAUUGGCAGAUAUGGUUCUCGGGACAACCGCGUUGCCUAUCUGUUGUUCUACCAGCGUAUCGCUUAG